AUUAGUAGUGAUGUGUACUCUAUUGUAGUGUUUGUUAUGUAUGUGUUGUAUAAUACUAUUACUAUUACAAUACAAGUGAAUUGCAUUGCAUUAGGAAUACAUGUUUUACAGCCAUUUGAGUGAAUGUCAGACAACAUUGACAUCACUGACAAACACAUCACUUCUGGACUCACAUUGACUGCAAUCCGCCCACCAAUUGAUCCAUUGAUUUGUUCCCAAAGUUAUAUUAAUUUGAAAUGAACUCAAAUGAAGACACAAAUAAUGCCAACAAUGAACCUAAAGAUACGGAUGACAUAAACGCUCAAAAUGUGACCACAAGUGGUGAUCAUCUAAAUGCUAAUAACGAUAUCGACAAUAAUAUAAGUAUUAAUAAUAAUAAUAAUAAUAACAGUAAUAAUGAUGAUGUGAUUAAUGAAGUUUCAAACAAAUCUGUAGAAAAUACCACAAAUGAUAAUAUUAGUAAAGACACUGAUAUGAGUAGUGCCAGUGAUGAAGGACUUGUAAGAGAAGAUAAAAGUGAUAAUAACGGAUCUACUGAUCCAAAGGUGAUAACAAUAGAUGAUAAUAAUGAAGAAAGUGUACAACAAGACAACAAAUGCACUGAUGAGACAACAGAGGAUACAAAACCACUGGCUAUCAGUACUCAUAGUCCCGGAAGCGCUCAACAGAUCAUCGAUGUUAAAGAAAACCAAGAGACAACACCUGAUGGUGAUAGUGGUGAUAGAGUGUCUAACAAUGAGAUGAAAAUUGAUGAAAAAGAGAUAGAAACGAGUGGCGACCUAAAUACCGGCAAUGAGAGUGAUGUCAAUAAUGAAAAAAUUACAGAUAAAACUAUUGAUGAUUUAAAUCCAUUUAAAGAUGAAUCCGAUGAACAAUGUGACGAUAAAUUAGAUGAUAAAAAUCCAUUUGCAAAUAAUGAUACCACUGAAGAGAAAAGUGAAACUAAAGAAAGUGGUGAAUCAAAUGUUGUCACCGAUAAUGAUAAAGUCGAUGUAAAGAUGUCGGAAAACAAACCCGACUCGACAGUCAACAGUGAUAAUCAAUCGACAACUGUUUCACCGGCAAAGAGUCCAAAAUUCAAUGCAAUUCCCAGUGAUUUACAAGAAGUGAUAAAUGAUAACAGUAUUUCAGAUGAAGUUAAGUUUGGAUUACUUUGUGCUAAACUAAUGUCAAUUACAUCAUCGGAAAGUAGUCAAGAAGCGAAUCCAAUUACUGAUCACAUUCUUCACCUUUUGAUUACUGAUGACUUACAAAGGAUAAGAAAACCCCAAACAUUACGACUGUUUUUCAGAGAUUAUCUUAAAUUAUUGCCGUCAAAGAUUGUCGCCGAGAUUUUAAGUGUUUUGAUUGCCGUUUUUAAGAAAUCCCUUCUUAACUUAGAGGCAGCAAAAGGAUUAUUAUUAGAUUCAUUGACCCAAACAUUUCAUUUCGAUAAUCUCAUCAAACAUUUUAUUCGUGAAAUUAUUAAUCUUCAGACAUCUUAUAGUUGUGAUGUUAAGGAGUUGAGAGCAUUACUCAAACAGAGUGAAGACGAUCCAAGACUUCUUCAUUAUAUUCGUAACGCAAAUCUUUUACAAAGAAGUCGUCCGAAUGCGUUCUAUGCAUUCCCCGGUUCUAUGGGUUCUGUAUUAGCAAUGCCACCAAUUCAGAAGUGGCCGAUUCAGAAUGGCUGGACAUUUGUUACGUGGUUUCGUUUGGAACCAAAUGCAACCAAUUCUCAGCCUUAUCUCUAUUACUUCAGAACCAGUAAGUCCGGUGUUGGCUAUUCGGCUCACUUUACCGGAAAUUGUUUGGUAUUGACUUCAAUGAAAGUGAAAGGCAAAGGCGUUCAGCAUUGCAUUCCAUACGAGUUUAGUCCAUUCAAAUGGUUCCACUGCGCCAUCACUUAUGUCACUAAAUGGAGAAGUGCUGAGGUCAAGGUGUAUGUGAACGGCCAGUUGACUGCCAAUACAGACAUGGCGUGGAAUGUCCAGACAUCAGAUAUUUUUGAUAAGUGUUAUAUAGGAAGUACUGCUGACCUCAAUGAGUCCCACCUAUUUUGUGGUCAGUUGUCGUCCAUAUAUUUAUACCACGAAGCACUAAAUGCCAGUCAAAUCUGUGCCAUUCAUCGGUUAGGGCCGUCAUAUGUCGGCCAAUAUUUACACAGUAAUGAAAGUCAAAUUGAAUUACCAAUGGCUAUGAAACGGGUUUUAUAUGAAGAAAAACUAAGUUCAACGCUAUUUUCUCUCUACACACCCGUCGCUGUCGAAGGCGAGACAUUAUGUCUUCAAUCGGCACCCAAAGGCAAUGUUAUGUACUUUACAUCCUCACCACACGCAGCACUGUUGGGUCAAACAAUUGCAAUAAAAACUCAAUCAAUCAGUUCAACACUUCAAUCGAUUGGUGGUAUUCGAGCACUUCUGCCACUUCUUCAUCGUUUUACUCAACGAUCUGAUGCCGAGGCAUGUGCUACACUAAUCGGAUUUAUUUGUGAUUUAUUAGAAAGUUCUCCGCAAUGGUUUGGCAACGAAGUGGUUCAGUCACACGGAUUUGUCAUCAUUUCUUCACUGUUAGCAAAAAGUCCACGAAUUUUGAUAAAUGAAGAAACUUUAGAUAUAUUGUUGAACUUAACGAAAACAUUAAUUAGUGCCGCUUCUGGUGCUGACUCUAUCUUAUUGAAGCAACUGAUGGACAGUGUUUUAUUUAAUGCUUUUCUUUGGAUUUAUGUUGACUCCAAACUACAGCUCAGACUUUAUUGUUUCUUAGCCACAGAAUUUAUUAGUGGAACAAAUAAUACAAAUUCCAAUAAUGGCAACAAUAGUGGUAGUAAUAGUGUGUCCAAUGGCAUAGUCUUUAGCGAAGUAAGGCGUAUAUCAACAGUAUUACAAUUAUUACAUUCCCUUAAAUAUUAUUACUGGUUAUCGGAAGAGAAAACAAUUCAAGUGAAAGCCAAAGACAAGUCUUUACGGCCCAAUAAAAGUGAACUAUUGUCCAUUCGUUCUUAUAUUUUACUCUUUAUUAAACAACUGAUAUUAAAGGGCAAUGGAGUCCAUUUGGAUGAACUUCAGGCAAUUCUCAACUAUUUGACAACAGUUAAUGAAGACGAAAAUAUAUUGGAUGUGUUGCAGAUGUUGCAGUCACUAAUGUGCGAACACCCGGCAUCUAUGAUACCCGCCUUUGAUGCCAAACAUGGCGUCAAAACAGUAUUCAAAUUAAUUGAUUCAUCAAAUGAAGAGAUUCGCAUUCAAGCUCUUAAACUAUUGGGUUAUUUCUUAUCUCGAAGUACUCAGAAACGAAAGCAAGACGUAAUGGGUCCGCACAACCUCUAUAUGCUUUUGUGUGAACAUCUUAUGAAAUACACUCCACUAUCACUCGAGACUUAUAAUGCAUUGCAUGAAAUACUGACAGAAACAGCUAUUGAAACAAUAAGAGCCUCGCAUUCAAAUAAUGCCAGUCUUCGCAUUGAAAAUCCAAUGGUUCUUAAGGUAAUUGCAACUCUUCUGAUUGAAGGUAAAAAAGAAGAUCUCAAUGAAAGAGAUGAUUCUUCUCCAGACAUAAAACGGUUGUUUAUAAGUGAUUUAUGGAGACUUUUGGUGAAUAAUCGGGAAAAUAGAAGACUUGUAUUACAGAUGUCUGUAUGGCAGCAUUGGCUCAUUAAUUUGAUUGAUCACAACAUUGAAGUAACAAAAGAUCAGAUUUUAGCCAUAUUUCGCAUACUUUUAUAUCAUGCCAUCAAAUAUGAAUACGGAGGUUGGAGGGUAUGGAUUGACACACUGGCCAUCAUUCACGCUAAGGUCAGUCUCGAUGAGUUUAUGGAUCAGUUUGGCAGAGAUAAGGCUCAACGAACCAAUGAUAUUAAAGUUGAACGAAGAACUUCUGGUGACUCAAGUACUGGAAGUAAUUCACUGAAAGAUGAAUCAAUUCAGCAAAAAACUGAUGUUUUGGAUAAUAAAAAGAUUACUGAAAGAACAUCAGAAGUCAAAUCACAUGAUAACGAAGAUUACGAGAACCGUCCAGAAGACGAUCCCCGUCCUGAAGAUGACCGCGAAUUAAAUAAUGUCCCCUCCGUUGCCACUCAACAAUCAGAAGAUACUAUUGAUAAUAAAGAAAGUUUAACGAGUGAUAAAAGUGCCAAAAAUAACGAUACAAAUGGAAUCACUUCUUUAGAUGAAAGUAGUACUAAUGACAAUGAAGAAGAAAACGAAGAACAAAAUAGCCAAAAGAAAGAGGCAUUUAUUAGUACUAUUAGUUCAAUUGAUACGCAAUCAAAGUUAUCCGAAACCGAUCCCAAAACAAUGUCCACAACCAAUGUUCCUGACAGUGCGCCCUCAAGACAUAAUCGAUUUGCUAAUCGUCGAACAAAUCCACAAAAAGAGUUUUAUUCUUCUUUAAUUUUGGGCCAAAAGACAACUCCCAAAGUGUCGGCAACGCCUGCCUUUCGGAUACCGGAGUUUCGUUGGAGUCAAUUGCACCUCAAAUUACUAAAUGAUUUAUUAUUUUCAGUCGAAUGUGAUCUUCAAAUGUGGCGAAGUCAGUGUUCUGAAUACAAAUCUGAAUCCAGUUCACAAAGAAGUAAUCAAUUGGAUCAAAUUCUUCAACAUUCCGAAAAUCAAAUAUAUAUAGUUAAUGCUAUUCACUUAGUUUCUCAAUUAAGUGAUAAUAUUAUAAUAUCUGCGGGCGGACUUUUACCAUUACUGGCUGCGGCCACGGGUGGAAACAGUGCCAAUACAAAUGUUUCCGCGGGAGGAGAGGGUCUGACCGCAAUUCAGGCCAAUUCUCUUCUUUAUAGACUCGUUAACUUAAUCGACAUCUUGUGUUUUGCUGCAACUCACGUAAACUUUAGUGAAUUAGAAGCAGAAAAGAAUAUGUCUGCCGGAGGAAUACUAAGACAAUGUUUAAGACUUGUUUGUACUGUUGCUGUCAAGAAUUGUCUAACAGUUCAGAAGCAUAUAGAAAAUGGUUUGGCACAUGAAAGUGAUGUCGAGUCAAUUGAGAUGAAUGACAACUUUAAUACCGGCACCAGUAUUGCUGCCGCAGCUGAACUAUUUGGCAUUGAUUUCACAUCAGAAUCAAGUGAUUUAGUCACUAAUUUUAAAAUUGAUGGCUCAGAUACUGAAACAGUGUCGACAUUUAUUCCAAUACAACCGCUUCCUAUUAAAGAUCCGAUGCGAUUGUUACAAGAAAUGGAUGUGAAUCGUUUGAGAGCCUGUAUCUACAGAGACGCCGACGCAGACACUCGUCAGUCACAAUUCUUAGCUUUGGCUACACUUUAUUUUAUAUCUGUUUUAAUGGUUUCUAAAUAUCGCGAUAUAAUUGAGCCAAAGGGUGCUCAGGUGUCAAAAGGGAGUCGUCGUAAUUCUCAAGUUUCUAACGACAGUUCCCAUUCAAUCAACGAACAAAACAUAGACUCCGGUAGUUUAGAUCCAUCGGAGAUCAUUAAACCCAUCGAAAUUCCUAAAACUCACGUCGACUCUAAUAUUGGCGAAAAAUUGACCGCAAAGUUAGAAACAACUCUUUCGAGUGUUUGUCCUCUUCUUAGAGAAAUUAUGUGCGAUUUCGCUAAUUUUUUGUCCAAAACACUUCUUGGAUCUCACGGUCAAGAUUUGGUCAGCAAAGAAGCUGUUCGAACAUUCCGUCGCACUAAUGCCAGUCCGGUUGAGUUAGUGAUGUUGUUGUGCUCUCAAGAGUGGCAAAACACACUGCAGAAGAACGCAGGAUUGGCUUUCAUUGAACUUAUUAAUGAGGGAAGACUUCUAUCUCAUGCUAUGAAAGAUCAUAUCGUGAGGGUUGCGAUGGAGGCUGAGUUCAUACUUAACCGAUUAAGAGCUGACGACGUUUCCAAACACGAGACUUUUACUUUAUCUUGUUAUGAAACACAAGAAAGUCGUACUCAUGAGGAGACACUAAUUAAUUCGUUGAUAUUAUCAGCUAAACGACGCGAUUGGAUGGUUUUUACACGAUUUAAGGAGAACCUAAAGCGCGGUCACAAAAAGCAGUACAAACUGGAUUCGUGGGAAGACGACGCCAGAAGAAAACGUCGAUUUAUUUGUGACCCCUUUGGUGUCGACCAAAUUCCAGAUAAUUCACAAACAACUUCAGUUGACGGAAGUAUUCAAUCAAAGAAUAUAAGCGAUGAGUCACACAGUGAAAAUCACAUGAAUAAGACUAGUGAAGACUUAAUGGCUAAUCCAAUAGUUUCGCCAAAACAAACAUUAAAUACUUCAAGAAUUGAAGAAGAAGAUAAUGAGUUAUAUUUAUGGGAAAGUGAAGAAUCGGCUCAAGAAAGUGAAACAAAUCCCGAAUUUAGUGGUUCUGUUCUCUUCACAAUCGAUUGUUGCCUUAUUUGGGGAAUUUAUGCCAUCGAAGGUAUUCUACAAAUAACAGCAAACGAGUUAUUCUUUGAGGCGCACAGUAGUGAUAUUGAACUGAAUUCUGCCCUAAAAUUUGAUAAGAAAAUGUCCAAAAGUGAUACCACAGACAACAUAAUGAAAGGCUUGAGUGGCAUUGGAUCGAAGGGUUCAAAAGGUUUUAAAGAUUUAGAUCUAAUGGUUCUUCGGUAUUGCGAUCUUUUGACAUACAAUGGAAAAAUUCUUUUGAAUGAAAUUCGAGCCAUUUUUACGCGAAGAUUUCUUUUACAACAAAAUGCUGUCGAAAUAUUUUUGGCUCAGAGGACAUCCAUUAUGUUUGCAUUCGCCGAUUACGAUACCGUCAAAAAAGUUGUCAAAUAUUUGCCACCCGUUGGUGUCGGAGUCAAGUAUGGCAUUCCUCAGUCGAGAAGAGCAUCUCUUAUGUCACCAAAACAGUUGUUUGCGACCUCUAAUAUGACACAGAAAUGGCAAAAGAGAGAAAUCAGUAAUUUUGAAUAUUUAAUGUUUUUGAAUACAAUUGCCGGUCGAACCUAUCAGGAUCUCAAUCAAUAUCCUGUAUUUCCUUGGAUUUUGACAAACUAUGAGAGCAAUGAACUCGAUUUGGCUCAGCCGACAAACUUUAGGGAUCUAUCGAAACCUAUCGGUGCCCUCAACAGUGACAGAAGGUCCGAAUUUAUUGAACGAUUCAAUUCAUGGGAUAAUAGCAAUAAUGUUCCGGCUUUUCAUUACGGAACUCAUUACUCGACGGCUGCAUUCACUCUGGGAUGGCUCAUACGAUUGCAACCAUUUUACUCGACAUAUCUAUCCUUACAGGACGGACGUCUUGAAGAUGAGUCACGACUAUUCACUUCAGUACGCGACGCAUGGAUUGCUUCACUUAUGGGUGGACAGCAAAAUGUUAAAGAGCUGAUCCCUGAAUUUUUCUAUUUACCUGAAAUCUUCAAUAACAAUCAUAUAUUAGAUGACGUGGAACUUCCAGUUUGGGCCGAAUCUCCCGAACAUUUUAUAAGAUUACAUCGAAUGGCUUUAGAAUCGGAUUUAGUUUCGUGUCAAUUGCAUCAAUGGAUUGAUCUGAUCUUUGGUUAUAAACAACGAGGACCUGAAGCUAUUAGAGCUGUUAAUGUUUUUUACUAUUUAACAUAUGAAGGUAAUACAGACCUAUCAAAUGUUACAGAUCCGGCACUUAAAGAAGCUAUUGAGUCCCAGAUUCGCCAUUUUGGCCAAACUCCGAGUCAAUUAACCUCAGAACCACAUCCGCCCCGAAGUAGUGCUUUGCAUGUCUCUCCACUAAUGUUUUCACCCGUUAUGGAUGAAGUGUGUAUGUCAGUCAAGUUCCCGUUCAAUGCAGCCGUGACUCAUGUGGCCUCGUGUUCCACACACAGCACACAACCCAAUACAGCCUCACAGAUAGUGACCAUAAAUUCACACCAACAGUAUUAUCUGCACAAAUGGAACGUCAAAGAGACGACAUCUCCAUUAACAAUGGAUACGGCGCUCGUCUCAAAUGCUUCUAAUAUGAAGAGACAACUAUUAGAUACAACAAAUCUGUGCACUUCAUUGCAAUGUCAUUACAUCGUCACUCUGGAUGCAAAACAUAUAAUUAUGUGUCCGUUUUAUGACAACUCAUUCCGUGUUUAUUCAACUGAAACGGGAAAACUCAAUCAAAUCAUUUACGGUCACCGCGGGAUCGUUAGUUGUUUGACGCGCAGUGAAUGUAAUAUUGCGGCCGAUUUUUAUGUUGCUUCUGGUAGUCAGGACUGUUCGGUAUUAUUGUGGACAUGGAAUGCAAAAUAUGCUCAAAUUGAAGGCAACGGUGCCUCUAAUCUAUCGAAUCCAUUGCCAAAACUAACUCUUUGGGGACAUCAGUCCACUAUUAUAUCGAUAUUAAUUAGUGCAGAGUUGGGUAUUAUAGUGAGUGCCAGUCGUAAUACAAUACUUAUCCACACAACAACUCACGGCGAAUGUAUCACUGAAAUUGAUAUCAGAAAAAGAGGUGCUAUUAAUACAAUCAGAAGUAUUAGUUCCUAUUCUGAUACUAACAAAUCUGAUGAACAAAUCGAGUCGAGACCUGAAGGACAGAUAAAUGAAGCCAACUUAGAGGCGUCAAUGUUGGGAAAGGAAGGCUCGAAAAGUAUUCGUAAACAAUCACAAGAUUCAAGAAGUGACACAAAAGUAGAUACACUAAGUAUGACCUCAAAUGAUGUAAACACUGAUUAUUGUUCGGCAUUCGAUGAAACCGAUUAUCUCAUUAAUAAUUUGGUUUUGUGUCGGGAAUUGGGUUUCAUUGUUGGUAUAGCUAUACCACAAAGUAAUGACAGCGACUAUGAAGAUCCCAACUGUUUGUCACAAAAGCAUUUAAAGACAUCUAAAAAUGAAAGACAAGAAAAUGCUUUAAUAUUUUCUUAUAAUUUGAGAGCAAAACUCAUCAAAUGUGUACAAAUCGGUAAUAUUUCGUUUUUAAAGGACAGGGAUUCUACUCUAUUAUUGUCCACUCGAGACGGCGAAUACAUCGUAAUGACCGAAAACGGAACGACUAUUAAAAUAUUGCGAACCUUUGAUUUGACGCCUUUGUAUGCUUUGAAUACUACAGAACUGUCGACGACUUUCACUGGCGAACAAAAUCGGAUAAAAUCUUUGACUUUAAUCGACUUUAAGUACUUAUUGGUUGGUCUGGAAAACGGAAAACUCAUUAUAUAUAACAUAGACUUUAAUCGAUGGCAUCACGAAUAUAGCAGCAGAUAUUAGUGCCUCAAAUCUAGUCGUAGUUUAUAAACAAAUUCAGUAUAAAAAAUGAAUGACAAUAUAUAGACGCUAUUCGUUUCAUUUAAAGUCUUUAAAAAAUCAAAUUCAUUGUCAAUCGAAUCGCGAAUCAAUUGAAUAUAACUAUUAUUUUGUAAAUUUAAUUACAAUUUUAAUCUUCAGAACUAAAUCUGAUACUAAGUUUUUACGUGAAUUAUAUGAGUUUUCUCUCAUCGAGUGUAACAUUUGACUUAAUAUAAAGAGUAUUUAAUAAUAA